CUUGGGCGCCGCCAGAUUCUCCCAGUAAGUAAGUAAGUAAGGAUGUGGAAGAUAGCUGCUAUCAUCGUCGUUCUUUGUAGUAUUUCUGCUUUUGGACUCAUUCGUAGGCCUCUGAACUCUUUCAUCAGGCAUCAUGAGACAUUAGAUUACAGUCUGAGAGAUUUUCAUAGCAGAGUAAGACGGUCAGUUGUCUCCUCGCCUUUCACAAUUUCAGACCUGAAAUUCAAGGCAUUUGGCAAGCAGUUCCACAUUCGUCUUAGAAGAGAUCAUACUAUCUUCUCGUCAGACUAUAGCAUUAUAGAUGGGCAUGGAAAGCCAAUCGACAUAAGCACUGCAAAUUUUGUUGAAGGAGAUGUUAAGGGACACUUUGGAAGCUACGUUCAUGGUGCUGUGAAGAAUGGGAGGUUUCAAGGAACAAUAAAGUUUGGUGGAGAUGUUUAUCAUGUUGAACCAGCAAGAAGACAUUUUAAAAAACCACAAAGCUUUCAUUCAGUCAUAUACAAAGAUUCUGAUGUCCGUGCAGAUUAUACAUAUGCCCAUGACACUGAACGAACCAAAAAAAGGCCUACAAGCUUCAAAGUGAAAAAUGAUAGAGACAACCUGAAACCAGACAUCACACAUGAGCAAGAAGAAGCUUAUCGCCAAGGAUAUUCCAUUGAUCAUGAGAUGGUCAAAAAGCGAACCAAGAGAGGAGUAAAAAAUGCUUUCAAGAAUACUUGUGUAUUGAAAUUAGUUGCAGAUCAUAAAUUUACAAGAAAAUUCUUAAACAAGGAAAAUGUCAUCUAUCAGAUGGUGAAUCAUUACAAGGCUGCAGAAUACAUCUUUAGGAAUCAGACAUUUAACAUAACCUCUCCUGCAGACAGAUGGUAUCAUCCUCAAGGUAUCGGGUUCAGGGUUGGAAGAAUUGUUGUGUAUGAUGGAUACAGUGUGCCUGCCAAAUUAAAGCCUGAAUAUAUGUCAGUUUCAAACUUAUUGGAAAUGUUUUCAUCUGAAGACCACAGUGCAGUUUGCGAAGCAUUUUUGUUCACAGACAGAAGUUUCGAUAAAGGCGUCAUUGGUUUGGCUUGGAUUGGGUAUCCGCAGGGUCAGGCAGGUGGAAUUUGUGACAAAUAUGCAAAUUUUGCUGGUAAACUCAGAAGUUACAACACUGGUUUAGUAACAUUCAAGUUGUAUGCAAGAGACCUCCCACCUGCUGUUACUGAAAUAACAUUUGCUCAUGAACUUGGUCAUGCAUUUGGUGCACAUCAUGAUCCUGUAGAAUGCCAACCAACUGAUCAGAAAGGUGGCAAGUAUAUUAUGUAUGAUAAGGCAACAACUGGGACCAAAAGAAAUAAUCGUUUCUUUUCAAAGUGCAGUAUUGACAGCAUGGUUCCUGUAAUAAAUGCCAAGGGUCUAGAUCAGACAUACGGCUGUUUUGUAAACAGAAGGAUUGCCAUUUGUGGCAAUGGCAUUGUUGAAUAUCCAGAAAUUUGUGAUUGUGGUACAGCCUCAACAUGCACAGAAAGAUGCUGCCAUCCGUACGAUGGCACAAACCGGAGUUGUCUUUUGAGAGCAGAAGCCUUCACUUGUAGUCCUAGUAGAGGGCCAUGCUGCAGCAAUGACACAUGCAGAGUUUAUCCCAAAUGGACGCGCUGUCGAGAGCAAACGGACUGCAAGCUUCAAGGACAAUGCGAUGGACGGACAUGGACCUGCGAUCCUUCGCCUAUAAGACCUGAUAACACCACAUGUGCGGGUCAAACUAUGGUUUGUUCCAAUGGCUACUGCAAUGGAUCUAUUUGUCUACUAUAUGGAAUCAAGGGUUGCAUGUGCGAGAAUCGUGAAGACCAAUGUAAAGUUUGCUGUGUCCAUCAAAGGAAGUGUCAAGUGGCCAGUAAUAUAUCAUUGAUAACAAAUCUGAAGAACCAGUUCGUGUUGCCGGGCAACCCAUGCCAUGAUUACUUGGGGUACUGCGAUGCACUUGGCGAAUGCCAGAUGAUUGACAUGGAUGGACCAUUCAAAACCCUCUUAGCGACAUUCUUUUCAUAUGCUGGGGUGAAAAUAUGGCUAGCGAAGUACUGGUUUGUCAUAACGGCAUGCACACUGUUGCUGCUAUCGUUCAUGAUCGCCUUCGUGUUUUUCUGCAAUCGCUACACGCCAAGCAGCAAUCCAGAAAAAGAGUUCAAGAGCCCAACAAAGCCGUUGGUUGGCAAGCCAAAGCCUAGACCACGCCCACCUCGCCGAUCAGCAGCCGUGCCGAUGAUGUAGAACAGAGGAUUUCAUAAGAUCUUUCACAGAUUCCAGUUUCCACAGAUAGUGUUACCACACACAAACAUGCGUCGUUUUUAUGUUGCUUCAUGGGUAACGCACGUUGGUAAUACUGAAGAAGUGGCACUUUGGACAUUUUGAGAACAAUUUUUGAUUUUACUUUUCCAUUUAGCUUUUUUAUUUUGUUUGAUCCUAUCACCAGCCCGUAUUUUUCCUUUUGUUCACGUCGAUAUUUGUGCCAUUCAGUCCAAUGAAGCUGCUCCAAAGCCCCUUCAACAUUUCGAUGGACUCAUCUAGCGUUUUGCGUAUUUCUUAAUAAAGCAUUUCGGGCAACAUAAAUGCUAAAUUUAUGACUUACUUCCAACUUCAAACUUGGGUCCAGAACUUUGAUUUACUACCUGUGUCUUGCUGUUGAAAAAAACCUUUAUUAGCUAAAAGAAAAGUUAACGAAAAUGCAUUACAUCAAGAAUGGGGCUAUUGCUAUGGUAGAAUCAUGUGAACAAUAAAGUAUUUUUAUGUAAUCCUACUACUGUCUUGUGACCCUGCCAUAAUCUAUUUAAGUCGUAAGAAUGCACGGUCAAUUUUAAUGGUCGUCGAUUUCGUUAAAGUAUGACGAAAAGCUGUAAUAAUAUCAUGCAUUUUGUAGCAUUUUCAAGUUUAGUCGUAAUUCGUAGAUAACGUUUGUUGUAUUAACAUCAACCGUUCUUUGAUUCAUGUCACUUUGCUACCUCCCACCUUUUAACUAUUAGUUGUUUAAUGACUCACAUUUAAUCAGUAACGAAACUUAAUAUCAUUUUCUAGUGUAUUGAUGUACGAGUUCUUUUGCUUUCGAUCCCGUUAAGAGUUCAAAAAGCAUCCUCUUACAAAGAUGGCUUACCUCCAUUAACGUAUUUAGGCACGUUCCAUGUAUUUGAAGCAUGGGCAUUUCCAGAUAACAUUUCCAUGGUGCACUGCUCUUUAGCUUAAGGGCUUUUGUUUAUGAGUUAUCGUUUAAACUCAUAAAUUACAUUCUAACGAUCUAUCGAUACUUGAAGCACGAUAUUUAAAUAUAUAGCACGUACUAUUUCUUCGUCAAAAUUAAAGCAAUGUUUUAUAGGAAAAAUCAGUAAGUCUAUUUCUGCUGCAAAUCA